UGGUGGAGCCUCACAGAGACAAAGCUACCUGAUUGGAUAAGAUGUUGCCUUAAAAUUGUGUCAGCUUUCACUGAUUGGCUGUGAGUUUCGAGGGGCGGGGCGUAUUCCUAACAGGGAUACGUACGUUUUACUCUUAGCUAAGCGUUGUUUAGGUCACACUCAGGAAGCUGUCACACAGUGCACUGUAAUUACAUCGUCAUUUUCCUGAGUUUUAUAACAUUUGUUGCGUCGGAUGAAGCAAUUGGGAUGAGAAGUAAACAGAUAUCGUUUGUUGUUUUGUUUUAGUUAUUUUAAUCAAGGUUUAAUUUUAAAGACCGUCUGCAGCAGCAGCGGAGCUCCUGUAGCUUCACUACUCCUGAGCCUCUAGGCGGUGUUUGGGUGUCCAGCAGGUGGACACCGAUGCGUUUGACCGUCACUUCAACAACCGGCUUCCCGGUGGAGCUCAGUGUCCACCGGGGAGAGACUGCCGAGGGUCUGAGGAGGCUGAUCUCCCAAAAACUGAGGCUGCAAACAGACAGGAUCAUAGUGGUUCAUAAAGACAGGCACCUGACUGCGGGGGCACUGGUGGAGCAGGGAGUGACAGAUGGCAGCAGAUUGACUCUGGUCCCUGUCAUUGAAACUGGUUCAGCGAAUUCAACUAAAGAGAGGACAGUGAUGAACACCUUGGAGAGUUUAACAGAGUCCCAGAUAAACGACUUUCUUUCUGGACGCCUGCCUCUAACCCUCAGCCUGGGAGCCGGUGCCCAUACAAUGUAUGUCCAGCUCCAAAUGACGCAGAAAGUGAGGGAGCUCCAGGGGAAUAUGGACUCAAUAGUUCAGCCCAGAUGCACGCGUCAACCUGCAGAGAUGAACAAUGUGGACUUGCAUGAAUCUUCCUCUGAUGGAUCCUCCAUGGGAUUCAGCUGCUCAAAGACGUCCUCUCCACCUUUAGUUUCAGCUCAUUCUACAUCCCUGCUCCAACGCAGCACACACAGACCCAGAACUGACUUCAUAUCAUCCACCAAUGCAGCACCUGGCAGCUGCUCAUCUGCCUGCACACCUUGUCCCCUUUUGAAUCCUACACCUUCCCACAGUCUACCUCAUGCAGCUACACCAGUCUGUUCAUCCAGACCAUCGGGGUCUGAACCAGGACGUCUGAGUCCAGCACCAGCUUCAACCUUUGUAGAGGGCGAUGUUCCUGGACAGUUAAAGUCUCCAGGAGCAGUUAUUGACAGUGUUACGAGUCAUUCUCCAGGUGUCUUCUCUGGAACUUUCUCUGGGACCCUGGGCCCCUGCAGACACGGAGGCAUCAGUCAUCCCCGUCGUGGCAUUGCCAUCAUUCUCCAAAUCCUUAACGACCUGCUCAGAGCUGCAUGUCACCACCAGGGGGCGCUGCUCCCUCCUUUAUGUCAUCUCUGCACUGCCUCAAAGCUUCCAGGCAGCCAUCUCACUGCAGAGGAACCAUGCAAGCAAACAAACACACCUCCUAUAAGCCAAAGCACGGAACGCAGCGGGGAUGAGAGUCAUAUGCUGCACACCUCUGAAGAGGAGAAUAAAACGUUGCAUUCUAAGAUGGAGCGCCUUCAGCUUGUGAUGCAUCAGAGGCGGCGCCGCAGGGAGAUACGUAGGCGUCUGUUGGUCCAUGGAGCCCCUGGGCAAAACCAGCAUAGGCACCACCGUUCCUAGUGUUCUGCACUAAAGAAAUCCACUCACUGUGACUUCUUGUUGUGUCUCAUAGAGUGGCAGAGAGCAUUCCAUUUUAUGC